AUGAGUGUAAAUAGAUCAAGCUUUAAGCAGGAGGACUAACUAUUCUAUGGAGUUCAUCCUGAUGGUAUUUUAGAGGUCAAGUUCAAUAAUCCAUCAAAGAAAAAUGCUUGGACUAAGGACACUUAAGUUAGACUUACUUAAAUCUUCAAGCAAGCUAAUAAAGAUGAUAAUGUUAAGGUUGUGUUUUUACAUGGAGGAUCAUAUUACUCUAGCGGUAAUGAUUUGAGUGCUUUUGGCAAAGCUUUUUCAUCUGGUGAUGUCAAAUAAGCAAUUAAAGAUGCGAAAUAUGGGGCUACGGUUGUUAUGGUUGAAAUGCUCACAGCUGUAAUGGAUUGUGAAAAGCCUUUAGUAUGUAUGAUCAGCGGGGCAGCCUUUGGAAUAGCAUGCACCAUGACAGCUUUAGCUGAUUUUAUCUAUUGUACUCCAGAGGCCACAUUCAACUCUCCAUUUAUGUCUACUUUCUAAUCUCCAGAAGGAGGAUCUACUGUAACAUAUCCGCUUUAAAUGGGGAAAAGAUUAGCUUCAGAAGUGCUCUUUACAGAUAGACCAAUUACUGCAUAAGAUGCCCUUCAAAUUGGAUAUAUCAAUGCAAUCCUAGAUCCUAAGGAAGUAUUCACAGCAGAUGGAAAUUUCUUUGACGUCACCAAGAUUCCAUGCAUACCUAAGUUACUUAAAAAUGAUUUAAAGACUAUGAUGAACGCAAAAAAGUUGAUUACGCAAGGUAUGAAUAGAGAAUUUAUGAUUGAAUGCUUUAAGAGAGAGGGCAAAGCUCUCUUUGAUAGAUGGAUGGAUCCAGAUUUUCUACCUAAUAUUAUGAAGGUAAUUUCAAGUAAUGCUGAGAAGUCAAAGAAGGCAGGAGGAGCAGGAAAUGGUAAACCUAAGCUUUGA